CCAAGGCGCUUCAGAAAGCCUAGCUCAGUGGCGCCUCGGCCGCUGGGGAUGCUUCGGGGAGGCAACAAAGCCUCAGAAAGGCGAAGACACUUGAAUGAUAGCCUUAGCUGGCAGCAAGACCAGGCGCUGAGUAGCAGCAUCUAUCUCCUGCGACAGAUCGGUCCUACCGGCUUUCUUCUGAGAGAGGAGGAGCCAGAAAAGGGGAAUUUCCGAGUUUUGCUAGGAAACCCUCAUGAAUGCAACUGCCCUACAUUUCUGAAGAGUGGGGAACUGUGUAAGCAUAUAUGCUGGGUGUUGUUGAAAAAAUUCAAGCUUCCCAGGGACCAUGAAUCUGCUUUCCAGUUGGGUCUUGUGGAAGGAGAAAUAAAUAACUUGCUACGGGGGAUACAUCAGGUUCAAACUCCCCAGCUUGGAGCAAGUGGUAAGAACGCACGUGUGGAAGAAGAUGGCUGCCUUAAACAGAAGGACAUCAGUGCAGAGGACAUCUGCCCCAUUUGUCAAGAGGUGCUGUUGGAGAAAAAACUCCCCGUCACCUUCUGCAGAUUUGGCUGCGGCAAUAACGUUCAUAUAAAAUGCAUGAAGAUCUUAGCUAGUUAUCAAGACAUGGUGUUGAACAGCUCCAUGUUAAAAUGCCCGCUGUGCAGGGAAGAGUUUGCACCGCUAAAAGUUAUCUUGGAGGAAUUCAAAAACUCUAACAAACUGAUGACUAUGUCUGAGAAAGAACGACCAGACAGACACCUGGGAAUUCCCUGUAAUAACUGCAGACAGCUACCCAUCGAGGGGAAGUGCUACAGGUGCACUGAGUGUGUGGAGUAUCACUUAUGCCAAGAAUGCUUCGACAGCUGCUGCCAUCUUGCCCACGCUUUCGCAUUCCGUGAGAAGAGAAACCAAAGAUGGAGAUUAGUUGAAAAAAAAUCAGAUGUUGUAAAAUAUUUAGAUAUUAAAAAUGAGGGAGAAGAAAAUACACCUCUUCAGGAAAAGCAAGGUCAGUUUUGCACACCAAAACACGUUGUAAAGGCACUGCCUCUCCUGCUGAUUACAAAGAACAGCAAGCUGCUUGCUCCAGGGUACCAGUGUCGACUUUGUUUGAAGUCAUUUUGUCUUGGUCAAUAUACAAGACUGCUACCAUGUACUCACAAGUUUCACAGGAAAUGUAUUGACAAUUGGCUAUUCUACAAGUGCAAUGCGUGCCCUAUAGACAGACAAGUCAUAUACAACCCUCUGAUCUGGAAAGGCGCCACCUUGGAUGGACAAACACAUCAGUCGGCUUCAAACAAAGACAUCACCUGUUUGUCAAAGCAGCAAGAGCCAAAUCUUUUUAUUCCUGGUACUGGGUUAGUUUUACAACGAAAUAGAACUAGAAUUUUACCUAGCAUUCCUCAGUGUAAUUCUCAAACAUUGGCUACAUUUCAAAGUCCAUCAGACAACUAUCAGAAUUUAACAAUAGAUGACCUAUGCUCAGUCAAAUUAGAUAAUUCAGAUUCAAGAAAAUUAGUCUAUGGAUAUAAAGUUGGUCAACAUUUCUCCACACAUCUGCAAGAUCCAGCCACUGGGUCAUUGGGACAAAUAUCAUCUCAAACAUUUCUUCCCUCCCUUGCUCAUAAGAAUAGUAUCUGUCUUACUGGAAGGAGAAGCCCACAAGUCUAUGAAAACUACUGCACUGGUCAGAGUCAAAAAACAACCAGAGGUUGUGAACAUGUGAACUAUAAUGCAAAGAAAUCUUUUGAUACUAACAUGAGACAAGACAAAAGAUCAAGUACCUUACCUACAGAAGAUUUAAAUCUUCCUAUCAACUGGGGUACAGCAAAACUUAGUCUGUCUAAAAGACAUAACAAUCCCACAGGGAAAGUUAGACAAAAAUAUAGCCGUCCACCCAGACGACCUGCACACCCCCCUUUACAAACACAAAGUGCUGCUCUGUCUUUAAUAAUGAAAGGAAUUCAAUUAUGAAAAAAGUAUUUUUAUUACAUCAUAAAAUUUUAAAUAUUUAAUGUGCAAAAUAUUUUACUUAUAGAACAUAAGAAGUCAUUUACACUCUUGACAGAUAUAUAUAAAAAAUUCUAUUGCCAUUUUUGCCUACCUGUCUCUGAGUACCUUACUGAGCUUAUAGAGGUCACCCUGUUACAUGGGAGGCUGCAUGACAUAUGUUUUAAUGAGAAUACUCAAGAUGUUACAAAUUGUGAAUAAGUCAUAGAGCAUUCAUAUCUUAUUUUAUGCUGAUUAAUUCUUUUCACGAAAGAAAUAGAUUCUCUCUGCCUUGAGUCACUGCUCUAAAAAGGCCAGAGGCUAACACUGCAUGCAGGAUUAUUUGGGGAAACUACAUAGAUUUCUCAUUUUUCUUACACAAACAAUCACUACAAAUCUAUACAAAGAUAGUAGUUGUGAUUUUUUUUAAAUUAGGUUUCCUUAAAGGAGUUUUAUUACACAUGAAAUGAAACAUAAUGCAAUAAACAAUGACACAUUUAUGGUGGUUUUGCCAUUUUACUUUUAAGAAAUAUGUAUUUUAUGAUUUCUUUUCUAAACCUGAGCUAUUUUAAAGUAAUCCUUGCUUCUGAAAAAAUAUAACUUUUAGAUGCUUAUUUUAUUUUUAUAUUUCAUGACUUGGUGGUUUUUGAAAUACUUGAUAGAAACUUUAGAAUUGAGAGGGAGGGUUCACAUGUGGACAGCAGGAGCCAACGCAGUAGACAUCGACUUUAUAUUUUUAGUCAGGUCUCUCUCACUAACACUAGGGCUCAUGGAUUCAGCUGCACUUGGCUGUCCACCG